GGAUGACUCUCACCAGUCACAGCAAAAUGAGUGACUACAAACAUGGUCCAUAAGUCGGUGUCAUCAUUUUUCCCAUGUAACACCAGUACCUUUGAAAUUGCCGGGAAUUCAACGGCUUCCUUAAACCCUAAACCCCAAAUGCCCUCUUCCUUCUCUCUCUUCCUCUUUCUCUCUUCUCCGCCCCCAUUUCUCCCUUCAACCUCUCACCAUCUCCUCCUUCUUUCCGCCAUUGAUAACCUUCAAGCUCAUCAAUUUCCAUGCUUUAUCGUCUCCAUCAAUGUAGUCUCCGCCGCCUUCUUCCUCGCUGUCUCGCUAAUUCCUUCACUUCCACUUCCGCCGCCAUUAUUUCCGACGAACUUCCCCCCAAAACCCUAAUCCAAACCCCCAAUAACACAGUCUCUGAAAUCCUCUACAAUUUACGACGUUUCGGCCUCCAUCAAUUUGUGUCUGGCGGUUAUUUUCAUGGCCUUUUUGGUUCCAAGUUGGAUUCUGAUACUGUUGAUCAGAUUAUUGGUAGAUUGAAGGUCGAAAGCCCGGGAUCGGCUAUCGGGUUUUAUUCCCUUUUGAAGAUUGAUUAUGGGUUUCGCCAUUCGACCAAAUGUGUGUUUAUUGUGGCUCAUAUUCUUGCCGAUAUGCGCCAAAUUUGGCAUUUGCAGGAUCUUAUUAAGAAGAUUAUAGAAGAUGAAGGGUCAGGUUCUGCGCCUUUUACCUGUGAUCUUCUUGAUAACAGCUUCAGGGACUGGAAUUCGACUAGUCUUGUCUGGGACAUGGUGGCCUUUUGUUAUUCAAAAUGUGAUAUGGCCCAUGACGCCCUUUUUGUUUUAGCAAAGAUGAAGAUUUUGAAUAUGCAACCAUCAAUAUACACCUAUAAUAGCUUGUUGCAAAACAUGAAACACACUGAUAUAAUAUGGAAUGUAUAUGAUGAAAUAAAAUCCAGAGAUAUACAGAGCAGAUUUACAAAUCCCAUUUUUAUAGAUGGCCUUUGCAGGCAAUCACUGCUUCACGAAGCAGUAAAAUUUUGGCUAGAGACUGAACGAAAGGAGAGUGGGCCGUGCAUUGUGUCAUUCAACACCCUUAUGUCUGGUUUUUGCAGAAUGGGACUUGUUCAUAUUGCAAAGUCUUUCUUUUGCAUGAUGCUAAAGUAUGGGAUUCUCCCUGAUAUAUACAGCUAUAAUAUCCUUAUUGACGGAUUAUGUAUGGAAGGAUCUAUAGAAGAAGCUUUGAUGUUUAUAGAUAACAUGGAGAAGAAUGGUGUUGAUCCUGAUAUUGUGACUUAUAAUACUAUUCUCAAAGGGUUUCAUCAACUUGGCUUGGUUAGUGAGGCUGAGCAGAUCAUUCGGAAUAUGAUGGUCAAGGGUUUGAAGCCUGAUAAUUUUACAUAUAAAGUAUUGGUAUGUGGAUAUUGCCAGGGUGGCAACUUGGAUGAAGCACAUAGACUGCUACAUAAGAUGGUUUGUCAGGGAAUUCCACCAAGCAUUAUCCCCUAUAGUAUUGUGCUUGAUGGUCUAUGUAAGACGGUGCAAUUUGACAAGGCAAUUAAAUUGCUUGAGGAGAUGGAAGGCCUAGGGCUAAAACCGGAUCUAGUUGUUUACUCUAUACUUAUACAAGGCCUUUGCAAGAUAGGGGAAGUUGAUAGAGCUAUACAACUUUGCGGUGAGAUGCAGUCAAGAAGAAUUUUUCCAAAUUUUGUCUCUCAUGGAACAAUUCUCUCGAACCUAUGUGAGAAGGGGUUGAUGCCAGAGGCAAUAGUGUACUUUGAGACCCUGACAAGAUGUGAUUCAUCUUUCAAUGUUGUUUUGUAUAAUAUAAUGAUUGAUGGAUUUGUGAAAUUUGGUAAUAUUGGAGAUGCUGUACAGUUAUACACACAACUGUUGGAAAAGGGUAUUGAGCCAACAAUAAUCACAUUUAAUUCUUUGAUUCAUGGUUUUUGUAGAAGUGGAAGACUAGUGGAGGCUAGAAGAUGGUUUGAGACAAUUAAGGUGCAUGGACUUGUACCAAAUUCAAUAACCUACACCACACUUAUGGAUGGUUACUGUAAAGAUGAAAAUAUAACCUCCAUGCUCGAGCUGCUCCGGGAGAUGAUGGCAGAAAAUGUAAACCCAACUCAUGUCACAUACACUGUUCUAAUUAAAGGUCUCUGCAACCAAAGGAUGUGGCAGGAAUCUUUUCAAGUACUAGCAAAUAUGUACAGCAAGGGUCUAAAACCAGACCAAGUAACUUAUAAUACCAUUAUCCAAUGUCUUUGCAAAGCUAAGGACUUGAGUACAGCAUUAUGGCUCCAUGAUGAGAUGAUAAGGGAGAAUCUUCAGCCUAGUUCUGUCACUUAUAAUAUUCUCUUGAAUGGCCUCUGCUUAUAUGGUGGUUUAAAGGCUGCAGACAAUUUAAUGAGUUUUCUUCAACAUCAGCAGAUUAGUUUGUCAAAGGUUGCUUACAUGACGUUGAUAAAAGCACAUUGUGUCAAGGGAGAUACAUCUGCUGCUAUCGUAAUUUUUCAUUGCAUGCUGCAAAAUGGUUAUCAAGUCUCCAUCAAAGAUUAUAGUGCUAUUAUAAAUAGGUUGUGCAAAAGGGGAUUCUUAACUGAAGCAAAGCUUUUUCUUUGCAUAAUGUUAUAUGAGGGACUUUCACCUGAUAAGAUUCUCUAUGAAGUAUUGGAUGAGACCUUUUUAUAAUAUGAUCUAUGAGAAGCAAAGUUUUGUUUGCUCCUUUCUCUCAGAACGUUGAGAACUUGAGAUGGUGUUGCAAUGAGUUUUCAUGUCAGGAGAACUUAUGCUUGCAAGACUGAUGUGUUCAAGAUAUGAAUACAUAUGGCUGCCAUGAGAAGAGCAAAUCAUUAAAGUAGUUGUUGAAACCAUUCUUCUGGUUUUACUUGGGACAAUGUCCUGCAGAGACUACUAUUAAUAGCUGGACCUGUGCAAUAGUAAUGUAGAAAUUGUGGAAUGUGUUUUAUGGUUAUCAAGCUGAUACUGUUUAUAGUUACAAACUUACAACAACUACGGAUGUUCAGUAUGAGGCCAUUGUGCUGGAAUUCUUGGGUGUUCAAGAUGUACCUUGGCUAUCUUCUAAAAAUAGGAAUAUGUAAUAUGUAUAUCUUUGGAGUUAGAUGUUUCAUUUGCGGAACAAGUAGAAGGCCACCUGUAAUUCUGAGCCUCAUGUUACUUCUGCAAUCGAGCUCAUUGAACUGCGCUCUGAUCCAAAUUUUCAGAAAGAGUUGAUCUGCAGGUAGUAACUUCUCUGUGGAACAAGCUGUGCCACAAGAACUGAAGUCAAGAGAUAGGGCUCCGACAUAAAGGCUUCCAUACGACAUACAAGCAUGAAAGGUGCUGUUAUAGUGUUAUGGGUACUGCCAACAGAAGAUUGUACACAAAUCAAAGAUUACAUUUCUUCAGGUGAUUCAGCUUGUUUACAAAGUAGAUUCCUUUCUGAGGUUUUCUACAACCUCUUCUGAUAAGAGCUAUGAGCGUAUGACGAUUGUGAGUUCUUAAAUUCUGAUUCGUGUCAAGGCUUCUAACAGUUUUAGAUUAAUUUUCCGUUGAUAAAAAUAUCCAAUAAUAGUAGAGUUAUUGGCUGUCAUUAUGUGCAUAGAAUAUACUCAUAUAGGAUGUACAGGCUAUAAAGAAAUUUCAAGAUCUAUAGAACUUACACUUCUGUUUUA